UACACGUGACAGAAAACUGGAAAUUGUUUUCUACAAUUACAAUUGUGCUAAAACUUUUAAAGAUUGUCAGACACUAGUUUUGUUCCACCCUAGUUAUUGUAUUUGUACCGAAUGACAAAGUGCACUUACAAUGGGUAGGAAAAUUCCAGCAAAGAGACAUCAUGGAGUGAAAGAUCCAGAGAAGCAAGCCGAGCGUCGUAACGCCAAAAUCAAGUUGAAAAUUAACGAAGCUCCUGCAAAUAUUGACGACCAAGAGGUUCCCAAAAAACUGAAGAACUUGUUUGAAAGAAAGAAAUACAAAAAAAUGAAGCUGAUUGAUGACGAGCCUGCACCAGUAACAAAAACUGGUAAAGCAGAAGCUAACCCAUACAGACCUCAACGUCCCAUUAAAAAAAUACCCAAGUUUGAAAGAUAUCCAGGAGAAUCAGACCGUGAUUUUCUAUGGCGAACUGAAUUAACAACUAGAGAUUACCUAAAGAAAGCCAAAUUUGAGGACAAGUAUGAUGUUGAUGUGGAAACGAAUGAAAAAACAGGUGAAAUGGAUAUUAAGAAACGGGAUAAGUACCUAAAGUUUAUUGAAGAUGGAGUGAAAAUCGAACCUAAAAACAAAUGGGAGAAAAAGAAAUUGAAGAAACUGGAAAAGCUGCAGCAAGAACGAGAAGAAAGGAAAAAACUGAAGAAAGAAAAAUUCAAAAUGAGAAAACUCUUUAAGAAAAAUAAAAGAUUGAAGCAAGAUGACUUUUCUGUAUUGAAGCAGGACAAGGUUGAAUUCGGCGAUGUCGCUGAACGACCCCCUACACUUACAGCCAAACCUAGAAAAUCAAAUGCUAUGCAAAACCCCGGAAACCGUGAUCUAUUGCUCAAAAAUACGGAGCAAAACGACAAACCUUCGUCCAGCCUGAGUGGCAAAAGAAAAGAUCUUUCAGCCCUCGAUAGAGUAAAACUAGAGGAGGAACGUCAAAGAGUUGUAGAUCUCUACCGAAAGAUGCAAGCAUUAAAAAAUGCCAAUAGAGCCUGAACAUUUAAAUCAAUACAACAAUUUUCCCUGAA